AUGCCGGACCACUUUUAUACCCUUGAUUUUGCUGGAGAGCUUGCCCCUGGCAACUACGAACGCGAAGGUAUCACAGGAUAUGUCUAUACUUCCAUGCAACCAAAUACCGUUGCCAUAUACCGUUGGUAUAAUUCAACAUCCCACGACCAUUUCUACACUGCCGAUCCCGGUGGUGAGCUCGCUCCACAGAACUAUAAGUACGAAGGCAUAGCCUGGUACAUGUUCAAUCAGAGACAGGUCAACACAGUCGCAUUGUAUCGAUGGUACAACUCCGAAAGUGGUGAUCAUUUCUACACAGCAGAUGCAACUGGCGAGCUCGGACCACCUGCAUACAAAAGCGAAGGCAUACUCGGGUAUAUGCACCCUAAUCCUACCAAUCAUGCGGUGCCUAUCUAUCGCUGGUGGGAGUCAGGUCUGCUGAGCAAUUUUAGCUUCGAUGAUGAUAUCACAGAGGCUCAGCGAAGGAAACUUCUCGAGCGCCAUACUUGGGCAUUCUACCGCGCCGGCAUCUGUGGUAAUAUCGGCGCGGAAGAGAAAGAGAAAGUUCGAGCUGUAUACAGGCAGGGAAUUCGCCACAGCGCUACCACACUCCCUGGUGUCAAUGCGUACGUUCCAGAUCUCAAUGCGCGCCACUUGUUCAUCAACUUCAACAACUUGUUCCCACAAGGAGAUAGGGAAAUCGCUCAGACCUUACUUCACGAGAUGAUGCAUUGUGCUGGCUAUCCGCAUCCUGCUCACAUCGACUCUGGACCCAAUAUUGACAGACCAUACGAUGGAGGGAAGUACUAUGGCACUGCGCCGCUAAGAUCCGAGCUGUGUAUUGAUGGUGUGCAAAGCGAUACUAGCACGGUCGGGAUGGUUCUAGCGUCAUAUGCUGUGACGCAGACCGAAUUGAGGGCAUGUCCCGUCGUAAAUCCGACGGCACAAGCAAACGAGGCAACAGCACCGGGAGAUGUGGUAACCCAAGCUUGA